AUGUCGCACACUGCAAGGGUUCGCUCGAUAUACCGCGCCCUCCUCCGGGAGCUCCCGCCGCGCCCGUCACAGCCCCCGUCGCCGCUGCAGAACCAAUUACGGGAGACCUUCUCCUCCAAGGAAUCCACCAACGACCACUCCCUCGCACAGGCACAACAACUGGUACAAUAUCUGAAGGCACAGAGGCAAUACGUCACCCUGAUCGAGAGAUACAACCCUGGAAUGGGUAUGGACGAAGAGGAGCGGGUCAGGUUGACCGCGAGGCGCGUCGGCAUGGAUCUGCCCGUCGAGUUCAACAAGGAUGGCGAGAAGGCUUAA